ACUGUUGCUGUUGGAAUGAACGUUCUCUCCCGGACCGGAGGGACGUUAACGUUUACAUCAGCUGGUUCUGCUCAUGUGGGGACGAGUUCAGUUCCUGCUAAUUCAGAAAAGGAGAACUGUGAGAAAACUCUUCAGAAGGUUGUGAGUCCUGAAGGUUACAUCAAACAUCCUUUACAGAACAGGUGGGCUCUCUGGUUUUUCAAAAAUGACAAAAGCAAAACGUGGCAGGCCAACCUCCGGCUCAUCUCCAAGUUCGACACCGUUGAAGACUUCUGGGCGUUGUAUAAUCACAUCCAGCUGUCCAGUAACCUGAUGUCUGGCUGUGACUAUUCUCUGUUUAAAGACGGGAUCGAACCCAUGUGGGAGGAUGAGCGGAACCGAAGAGGCGGCCGCUGGCUGAUAACUUUGUCCAAACAGCAACGAAAAAGUGAUCUGGACCGGUUCUGGUUAGAGACGCUUUUGUGUCUGGUGGGUGAAGCGUUUGACGACCACAGCGAUGAUGUCUGUGGCGCCGUCAUUAACGUAAGAGCCAAAGGCGAUAAAAUCGCAAUCUGGACGACAGACUUUGAAAACAAAGACGCCAUCACACACAUAGGGCGAGUUUAUAAAGAGAGGCUAGGCGUCCCGCCAAAAGUGAUUAUUGGCUACCAGUCGCAUGCUGAUACGGCCACUAAGAGCGGUUCCACCACCAAGAACAAGUUUGUUGCCUGAGGACUCUGGAUUCAUCCACCACAUCUUGUUUUCUGUCGUUUUUUUUCCAUGAAUGUAACUGAGAAAUUAAUGUUUUGCUUUUGUUUGACACUUGACCAAAGCUUUAGUUUGUGGAGAGAGAGUGCAAUUCAAAAAGGACCACUUCUUUGGACACUUUAUUUUGUGGCAGUUUUUGUUGUAUAAUUUGAAUUAAAUGUUAAAGGGGAAUAUAAAAAAAUAGUUUGGUUAUAAAUUACAACUAUCUAAUGAUUGGAAACUUUGCUAAAUUGGAGUUUAAGUUUUUCAUUUAUUUUACAAUAGGAAAAUGUUCAGUUUUGUAAAGUUAAAGUGAUAAAAUAUGACUUUGUCAUCACUGGUGCAUGUUGGGUAACUGAGCUCUUUUUAUUAAAACUCGUCUGUGUUACACAACUGUUAAUUUUAAGCUCCUCCUUCAGAAGCAAAAUGUAGUUUCAACGGACCCUGAAACAAACUGCAUACAUCAACUGCAGAAAAUAGGAUUUCUGACCAGAACCACAAAAAGAAAGCAGAAAAAGACUUUUCUCUUCAGCAUUACAUUUUA